CCUUUCUUCGGCGGGGAGGACCGUACCGAGAGCGAGAGGCGCGUGGAGAACAACACGGAGAGCUCAGUGCUGACGCUUGCGUCUUCGGACACGUGGUGGAGGCUGGCUUUGCCACGUGACGCGAGCAGAGAGCAUCCGUAUUGUAAACCGGCCGGGACGAUCAAGAAUACGACGAGGACGCUGGUGUGUGUGGCGGAGAUGGAUGUGCUGAUGGAUAGGGCGAUGGAGAUGUGCGAUAGUACUGAUGAGAAAAUGAUCAAGCGCGUGGUGUACGAAGGCGUUGGCCAUGCGUUUCAGAUUCUUGAUGAGUCUCCGCUUGCUCAAACGAUGGCUCUUCAAAUGUUGUGCGACAUAGACGCUUUCAUCCACCACUCUUAA